AUGCAUGGGCCAAGCGGGCGCGCUCAGUCAUGGUCCGUCUUCGAUCGCCGCCAGCCUACUCCAACCCCCAUCGCUUCUUCCCCCGCUCCCUUCUCCUACCCGGUGGAAGGCCCCUCUCGCUCUUCUUCCGUUGCCUACUCCUCCCCACAGAGCGGCCCCCGUUUCAAGACCGUCAUUCACCCCGAGCAAUACGACGAACGAGAGCUGCGCCAAAAGCUACUGCAGUCGCGAGCCCGCCUCCAGACGUCAUUUGACGCUAUCGCCGAAAAGUAUGGCUCGGUGCCGCCUGAGGAAGACGACGAAAUCGAUUUGUUCACGGGCAACGUUACCAAGAACCGUGGUCACCUUCUGGAACUCGAGCCACGACUCUUCGCCGAAGGUAGUGACUAUCAGGACGAGGCCGUGGAGGACGACCAGGACGGCAUCCGUCUGGACCAGCUUCGCCUGCACUCUGAGCCAGUCAGAGGCCCCGAUCAGAUUGAAUUCCCUGAAGAUGAGGAUGAGCUCGGCGACUGGGGUGACAAGUCUGGUCUAGAUGCGCAAUUCCCAGCUACUGAGAUUGAGCAGGAGUGGACUGCUGAAGACCUCGUUGACCUCGAAGAGUUCAUGCGGGCUGAGGCAUUGAGACGUGCGCGGUGUGGCGAGGAAGAGCUGGAAUACGAACGCUUCCAAGGUGCCAGUAGCUCACCGCUGCGAAAUCUCAGCCAGCUCGUGCUCGAGACAUCACCGGAGGUGGAGGAGGUGGAGGUGAUGGACGAGCCAGAACUGUAUGAAAACAGUCGCGUCCACUCGCAACGGCGAGUGACGCUCUUCAACUACCAGUUGCUCCCCCAGAAGGCACACCAGGCUAUUUCUCAAGCUUGA